AUGCCACCAAAACCGAAAAAGCCUCGGAAAAAAAAGGUUGCGGAGGUCGUUUCACCUACUGUUGCUGGUACAUCUGGCACAUCUGGUACAACUGCAAAAGACAAAGGUGUCGAAAUAUUUGAAAAUGCUCCUCCCCUACGAACGGAGCUAUCUAGUGGUUCUUCGUCAACCCCUUCUAAAAUCUGGGUCAAGUAUGGCGAUAGCAGACCAGUUAGACUUACUUUCGACGGAGAGAUUGUAGACGAUUUGAUAAGAGUGAUUAAAAAGGAACUGCCAAAUGAGUUGGCCGACGUUGAUGUCAACCGCAUCACUUUAAGAAGACACGGUGAAGAAGAAGACUUGCGCCCUGGUCUACCAGUGGAUAAAAGUUUUGAAAAUAAUGAUGACACACCUCUACAAGUCAUUGUAACAUUAAAACGUAAACAUGAAGAAUCACCAGAAGUUUUAAGCGAGAUCGUAAAAAGUGCAGUGCGGGAAGAAUUCUCCCGGCAAAAGCCUGCUAAUCAGAUCCGAGUAUCCAAUCUUUCUGAAACAAAAAUGGAUGAAAUCAUGAAUAACCUUGGAGUAAAGACCGCCGAAUUAAUAGAUGAAGACUUCCAAUCACUUAGUCCCGUGUCAUGCCAACCUUUUAUAUGGGAUAUGGAGAGGGAGGAAGCUCAGCAGAUGCGCAAUGUUGAGAUAUGGUUUAAGAAUACGCUAGAUCUACCGAGAGGGUUUCAUGUGAAGGAUAUCCAUACGCAGGCGAACUAUCAACGACCCUUGCAAGGAGCAAACGUCGUUUUAACGGGUGGUUCUGAUAUAUCUAUUGGACCAAGUGGGACAGCUUGCGUCUGGAUAGAAGCUAAGAAAACAAAGGAUGACUUCAAAGAAGGUCAAGCUAUAGGAGAGUUAUUAUUAUUAGAUAAUCUCCACUCUAUAAGUUCAAUGGUUGUCUUGACGGAUUGUAAUGCCCAUUGGAUUAUUUUCUUUUUCAUAAAAGUGGAUGAUGAACAAAGCAUGGCAAUAUGUAGAACUCAUAAUCCUGGCAUUGCCUUGGCGAUAAUUAAACAGUUCGUACAAGAAGAAGGAAAAAAGUUUCACAGUUGGAUAGGAAAGGCUGUCGACUACGGUGUAGACCUACCCACACCUCUUCAGAAGAAAACGAAAUUUACCGAACACAUUCCUGGGGCAGAUUAUGAAAACAGGAUGGCAGAUAUGGUUGGCGACAUGUCUGAACAGGAGUUGUUCAAUAUGACUGCUCGCAAGAGGUUAAGGAUGUUAAGAAAUUGGUGUAAAUUAGACGAACAACCACAAGUAGAUCAACUUAUUAGACAGUUUAGUGAUGAUUAUGAAAAUCCACCACCGAUGAUGUUCGUAUAG